UGCUCAUUUGCAUGUGAACAGCUUGGUGCACAUGAAGUCAACACUGGAGUAAGUUGGCUUAUGUCUACUACACAAAGAGGAUGUUAAAAUACAAAUUUCGUUUGAAUGAUGGCUAGUGAAGGGCCAAGGAGGAAUGGACCCAUGAAAUUACGACUUACAGUAUUGUGUGCCAAAAACUUGGGCAAGAAAGACUUUUUCAGAUUGCCUGAUCCAUUUGCCAAGAUCAGCGUUGAUGGCUCGGGCCAGUGCCAUUCAACCGACACCUGCAGGAAUACACUAGAUCCAAAGUGGAACCAGCAUUAUGACCUAUACAUUGGACCGAAGGAUUCCAUCACAAUCAGUGUAUGGAAUCACAAGAAGAUCCACAAGAAGCAGGGUGCAGGCUUCCUCGGCUGCGUGCGCAUCAUGUCCAAUGUCAUCCAGCAGCUCAAGGACACAGGCUUUCAAAGAUUGGACUUGACGCGGCAGAGUCAAGAUGACAGCGAGACUGUCCGCGGACAGAUUGUCAUCAGUCUCAUCUCGCGGGACCGUGGAGGUUCGGGGCCCAUGAACACGGAUGCCACCGGGAUACCUCCAUCAAUACCUUACGAUCCCAACGAACUUCCCGAAGGAUGGGAGGAGCGUCGCACAACAAGUGGCCGUGUACAUUAUGUGAAUCAUGUAACCAGGACUACGCAAUGGGACAGACCCACAAGGCCUGCAAAUGAGUGUCGCCGCCCUGUCAGUGUGGUGAACCCUGUGGUGAGCAGUCCUGGGUCAUCGUCAUCGUCAUCCUCCCCCAGCAGCACCCCUGAUGACAGCAACAACAACCCCAACCACCAGUUCGUGAGACGCCGGUCGACGCGCAGGCGGCAAUAUCUCAGUCGGGCUGAACUGCACAAUGCUGUCACUUUACCAGAGGGAUAUGAACAACGGACCACCCAGCAGGGCCAGGUGUACUUCCUGCACACAAGGACAGGGGUCAGCACAUGGCAUGACCCCAGAGUGCCCAGGGAUAUUUCCAAUCUGAAUCUUGGUGAGGAAGAUCUGGGUCCCAUGCCUCGAGGAUGGGAGUUGAGACAGACAGGGAAUGGGCGUGUCUACUUCGUGGAUCACAUUAACCGAACCACCCAGUUUACAGACCCCCGACUCUCAGCCAACAUCCAGCUCAUUCAACAGAAAUUGACAUUUUCCAGAAAAAAUUCUGACAAGGAGAAUGACAUUCCUCUGCCCAAGUACAAGCGUGACCUGGUCCAGAAGAUGAAGAUUCUCAAGCAGGAGUUCAGUGCUCUGCAGCCCCAGGCAGGUCACUGCAGGAUGGAGGUGUCCCGGGACGAGAUAUUCGAGGAUUCUUACCGACAAGUCAUGAAAAUGCGCUCUAAAGACUUGCGGAAACGUCUCAUGGUGAAGUUCCGUGGAGAAGAAGGUCUCGACUAUGGUGGUGUUGCAAGGGAAUGGUUCUACCUGCUGUCCCAUGAGAUGCUGAACCCUUACUACGGCCUCUUCCAGUACUCCAGGGAUGAUAUCUACACGCUCCAGAUAAACCCAGACUCAGGGGUCAACCCAGAGCACUUGUCCUACUUCCAUUUUGUUGGCCGUGUUAUUGGCAUGGCAAUUUUUCAUGGUCACUACUUGGACGGUGGCUUUACCAUGCCCUUCUACAAGCAGUUGCUAGGGAAACCUGUUGCUCUUGACGACCUGGAGAGUGUGGAUCCAGAGCUGCACAGAAGUCUUGUGUGGAUGUUGGAUAACAACAUUGAGGCAGUGCUGGACCACACCUUCUCGGUGGAACACAACUCCUUCGGGCAGGUCCAGGAACAUGAACUCCGUCCAGGGGGAAAGGUUAUCAAGGUCACAGAAGAAAACAAGAAGGAAUAUGUCAGGUUGUAUGUGAGCUGGCGAUUCAUGCGCGGCAUAGAGGCCCAGUUCUUGGCAUUACAGAAGGGUUUCAAUGAAAUCAUUCCCCAGCACCUACUACGACUCUUUGAUGAACGUGAAUUGGAGCUUAUGAUCGGUGGUCUUGGAAAGAUUGACAUUGAUGACUGGAAGAAGCACACCCGACUAAAGCAUUGUACCGCUGAGAGCAACAUCUGCAAGUGGUUCUGGCGGGCAGUCGACAGCUUUGAUGAUGAAAUGCGCGCUCGACUGUUACAGUUUGUAACGGGCAGCUCAAGAGUACCAUUGCAGGGAUUCAAAGCUUUACAAGGCUCAACUGGUGCUGCCGGACCCCGCCUCUUCACGAUACAUCAGGUGGACGUCCAAACAGACAACCUGCCCAAGGCUCACACAUGCUUUAACAGAAUUGACAUCCCUCCUUAUGAGAACUACGAGAAGUUUCUCAGUAAAUUGACUUGUGCUGUUGAAGAGACAUGUGGUUUCGCGGUAGAAUAACAUGAGCCACAAACGUUGUUGUGGUACAAGCGCCGUCAAAUCUUGACUUGCAGUAGUGCUAAAGAGACCUAACAAUGGCAGUCAAGUGGAAAGUGUCUGGUCCCGGAAGGAAACAAAACAGUUUUCAACGUGGACCAACUUUUCUGCCCAGUGAGUUGUGAUUUGGAGAACACAGAAGGGCCUUGUGUACAUGGACAUAAUCGCAAUGUACCCAUUGCCGCAUAAACUGCGGACGUGCGACCCUGUGCUCCCAGGUUGUGGGUGAACAAACAAUGCAAGACAUAUUUUAACACCAUUUGUAGAUAGCUGUUGGUGUUCUGAAUCCAGCAUUGCAUCAUAGAUACAGUCUGUGUACAGUGUGUGUGGCCACUGUACAUGUAUUUAUACGACCAUCGUGAUCCAACGUAUAGGGUCUGUUGUAGAACACCUCAGUGUAGAGCAGUAUGCAAGUCUCCUUGCCCACCUGGUUUAUGCUGUAUGUAGCCGUGUGAAUCUGAAUAGCAUUCUACAGAUGACUGUGCUUGGGUGAUUGCAUAUGAUUGCAUAUUGCAAUGUGUGAAAUCAACUUUGUGAGUGGGUAUUUUAUGAAUGGGACAUCCAUACCCAUCAGUUAUUUGUCCAGCGAGUUCCAUCGAAAUGCCAACAUCUUCAACUAGUUCACAUCUUCCAAAGUAUGAAAUCUGCCAAAGAUUGUAGACAUGCACAUGUUUCUCUUUGGUGAAUCUGUCCAUUAAUGAUAAUAAAAGCAAUAAUAUUUAAGUUGAUUUUGUGAAUACCUCACAUUAUUUUGUGGAAUAUGCAUUGCUGAUAACUCUGGUAUUUUUGAGUCCCUGUCUGGCAUAGUGCUAGGUGGAAGAGAUAGUGUAUGAGAAGUAUGGCGCCAUGACUCUGGGACAUCUGCUCGCCAACAGGGGUUGCCGACACACGGUAGUCUGGUGUGUAAAUGUGCCGAUAGGCUAUGUACUAAUACCUCAUGUAGCCAUCAGCUUCAGUGUUUGGUGAAAUGUUGUCUGUUGUACAGAAAGUUCAGAGAGUAUUACAUUUUACCUGUAAUUUGUCAAGUCAUUCGAACAGUUAGUGAAAGGAAUGAGUGUAUACUAAAUGACAAAUAUGUAGUUUAAGUUUCAGUUGUUUCAAAUAUAAUUUAAAAAAUUACAUGAUUUAUAUGUAAUUAUAUUUCAGUUUUAUAGUCCCACUGCUAUGUAGGUACAAGUAAGUAUAGUAUUCACAAAAACAUUAACAGUUGUAGAAAAGCACAAAUAUCGUAAAUCUGACAUCUGUAUGAAUGACAUGGCCAAGAUGGCUUGAAUACAACACUGCAGGUUUUUACAGAAUCGUUUUACUUGACACACAGGAUGCCCAUCAAGCCUUUAAAGAAAUCCUCUUAUUUUUAAUACUCAAGUCAUACAAAUAUGAUAUUUAAUGAUUGUACACGUGUAUGUUUUCUUAUGUACCAUUUCUGCUUCUCUGAUGCGUGGUAUGUGAUUGUCAACAUACUGGUAUCUGUUUAACACAUCCGAUUUUAAAUUUGGUUAAUACUUUGUGAUUUUAUGUAGUAUUUUUUAUGAAUUCUCCCAUUAUACCUUACCAGUGUUUUAGCAGGAUAAGGGUGAUGGUUGGGUGGUGUCACUGAUUUCUGUCAGUACUUGAGUUGGUAUGUGCAACUUUGAUGUCUUAUGUUCAGAAUGUCCCUUCCCUCAUCCUUUUCUCAGAGUGCAGGACUACUGUCCACUUUGUUUGAAAUCACUGGAGACAGUGCAUGAACAAGUUUGAAACUUGAAACUUGAUAGGAUUUCUGAAUGGCCUAAAAUUUAAGAAUCUUCUUUUGUUUUGGAGAGUGCCUUUGAAAAACACUACUGUAGUGGAUGGGUGGCUUGACAGUGGAAUUUGAAUUCUCCAUUGGGAUCUUGAUUACAAAUUGGGUAGCCACUUGUCUACCUGUAGCCAUCCCUGAGUAUUUCUAAACCACAGACAUACACUUGGUAAUUUUGAUUUCUGAAUUUAACAGAUUUCUUACUCCAGUGGUAUUACCUAAUGUCAGUGAAGGAUUUGAACUUGUAUUGAUACGACGGUAGGAAAUGUUAGAUGAAAUUCACACACCAUCAUUAAGGGCCAGUAAUCUGCUAAGGUAUGUAAGAAAUAUUGCACUUCCACAUGACUUUUAGAACUUAGUUCCAGAAUGCUUGUAGGAUGUGAGAGCUUGGUAGCAUGUGUUAACAGCUAGAUGUCUAGCGAGCACUGGAUACAGGAAUUUAACCACAGUUCACGUAAUACUGUUAUGACAUUCACAUUCUCAUUAUCAAGUCUUUGAAACAUCCUAUUUUGAUUUCAAUCUGACUCAGUUCUUUCUGCAUCCUGCAUCUGAACAAAUUCUGCUGUAAAUUGCUUUUCAUAAAAUAAUUUUGUGGCAUAUUAGCUACCUUACUACCUUUUCUACCUGCAUUUAUGAAAUGGUAUGUUCCAAGCUUAGGUUUAGAUCAUUCCAUGUCGUAAUACAGGUAGAAGCAUUACCUUAUUUAUACUGACAUAAUUGUAUAUCAUUUGAUUCGGUUUUGCCUUGAACUAAUCUCAAGGCUAUAUAAGCAUUGUGAAAGGAGAUCCUUGUAAAACUGUUUACUAUUAGUGAUCUCACUUGAUGUACAUGGUAUUUUUCCGUUUUUUUAAACUCAUGUGUGGUUAUAUCUGAUUAUUCAUUGAUUUUGUGAGAUGGGUUAUCUCCCUUUAGACAUAAAAUCAACCCAGAUAUGUAACAUUUGUUUCAUUGACAACUUUUGGUAAAGAAAGUAAUGAAAUAUUCUUGGUGGCUGAAACCUAUUUGGCUUGAGAAACUGUUUCAAACUUUGGAGUAAUGUGUAACAUUUAUCCAUCUUCAAUUUCAUAUUUUGUGUUUGGACUGACUGAUGUGUGUAAAGGGAGAAAACCCAUUAAUGAUUUGUGUGCCUUUCACUUUGAACUGUACCUCAAGGGUCUCGACAUGCUCAAAGAGUUAUGAAUCUGUUAGUGUGUAUUGCCAGCCCCUCUCCCAAGAAUCUUUCUUACUGUAAAAGUGAUCACUCAAAGACAUGCCGUGUCAUUUUCAAGGACAACCAAGAUAAAAAAAAUUAUGUGCAAAAAGAUAAUUUCAGACCAUUUAUCAUAUUUCCAUGAGACAGUUUGAAAUAAAUCUGUUUGCUGUCAAUUAAGUAAGUUUUGUCAUGUCAUAGGAAUUUCUUCCGCAUAUUUGGUCAUCUAUAUAUUUUUCGUAUCCGUAAUCUCAAGCAUUGAUUACAUGAUUCAGUACACAAACAGAAUCGCAAUUCCUGUUUCAAGUCUCUUUCACGUACAGUUACACAAACAUAUUUGUAUCGAAAUAAGUACGGUCCAUGGGUCGCCAUUCAGUGAUGAUGGAUUGGAUGUGUUUUGAAAAAUCAGGAUCAAAAUGCUUUUGAUACAAUUUUCAUACAUUGUAUAAAUGCAUUCACAUGUUUUACCAUGUUUUUCAACUCUGACCACCUUUAGAUCAGGAGAUAUCCCUACGAGAUUACUGUCGUGUCCUAGUCACUGGAGCCGACAAUGUAUGUUCCAUCUUGGACUGCUCCGCGCCUCCCACGUCUGUCUGCCUUCACGUCCAUCUGUCUAAAGCCCUCCUCUGUACAGUCCACACUUCCAAUGUAAUAUUUUUUUCCAAUAAGUGAAAUAAAUGUGGUCAGUUUUUA